AUGGUGACGCAGGCGGAGCUAGAAGCAGCGAUUUAUACAAAACUGGACGAUGUAAGCGUGCUAUUUGUGUCGGACGUGUCUGGUGGAUGCGGCCAGGCGUACGAUAUAGUUUUGGUUUCCGACCAGUUUGAGGGCAUGCCGACCCUGCGGCGCCAUCGGUUGGUGAACGACCGCCUGAAGGAAGAGAUUGCUGCGAUGCACGCAUUUUCCCAAAAGACGUAUACAAACAAGCAGUUUGAGGGGCUUAAGGCAAAUUAUGCCAACCAGACCCCUUCUGCGCCGCGUGCAGCCGCGCCGACAGCGGAGCUCGCUGCCUUUAUUCCCGAGCUUUGGCUCACGCCCGACCCGUCGCAUGCACAAACGGUGCCCAGCACGCAGAUGUCGAUAGACGACGCGCGUACAUCGAUCGAAGGAAGUGCAGGGAUCUCACGCCUGCACUACAAACGAAUCACCAGCGUCGAAUUUUGGCUUGGGCUGCGCAAGAGCCUAGAGGAGCAGUUCCUCAACGCCGAUACGAUGGACCUUGACUCGCCCGGUGCUGCCUCGCCGCACGCGCGGUGCCGCACGGUGGGCGAGGCAGAAGUGGAGCGCCUCUUUGAGGACUUUUUCCUGAGCCAGAAACACAACCUUAGCGCCAACGACGUCGCGCGGAUCCGCGAUGCGACAGGGAUGCUGGGUAUGGCAGGUGCAUAG